AUGUGGCUCCUCACAGUGAACCAGGUCUUAAGGAAAAUGCAGAGACGCCACAGCAGUAACACGGAUAACGGUCCACCUGAAAGAAAUCGCAGCCAAGCGCUCAGCUCUGAGGCGAGCGUGGAUGAAGGCGGUGUCUUUGAGAGUCUGAAGGCAGAGUCGGCCUCCCCACCUGCGCUCUUCUCUGGUCUCCCCGGCCUCCCAGCGGGCAGCCUGCCCGCCACCCCGUUCCCGUCCAGCCUGGUGCUGGGGGCAUCAGCCGGAGGCGGGGACGUGUUCAUCCAGAUGCCUGCGUCCAGGGAGGAGGGGGGGGGCCGGGGCGAGGGGGGCACCUACCACCACCGCCAGCCCCACCACCACUUCCACCACAGCGGCCACCGCGGGAGCUCACUGCUGCAGCAUGUGGGUGGGGACCACCGCACCCACUCGGACGAGGGGGGUGACGAGCAGCCGGGGACACCCGCCCCUGCCCUGUCUGAGCUGAAGGCCGUGGUCUGCUGGCUCCAGAAAGGCCUGCCCUUCAUCCUGAUCCUCCUGGCCAAAGUGUGCUUCCAGCACAAGCUCGGCAUUGCCGUGUGCAUCGGGAUGGCUAGCACCUUUGCCUAUGCCAACUCCACGCUGCGAGAACAGGUCUCUCUGAAGGAGAAGAGGUCGGUGCUGGUCAUUUUGUGGAUCCUGGCCUUUCUGGCGGGGAACACCCUAUAUGUGCUCUAUACGUUCAGUUCCCAACAGCUGUACAACAGCCUCAUAUUCCUGAAGCCCAACCUGGAGACGCUGGACUUUUUCGACCUGCUGUGGAUUGUGGGCAUCGCUGAUUUUGUGCUUAAGUAUGUCACCAUUGCCCUCAAGUGCCUUGUCGUGGCCCUGCCCAAGAUCAUCCUGGCUGUCAAGUCCAAGGGAAAGUUCUAUCUGGUCAUCGAGGAGUUGAGCCAGCUGUUCCGAUCGCUUGUCCCCAUCCAGCUGUGGUAUAAAUACAUUAUGGGAGAUGACUCCUCCAACAGCUACUUCCUAGGAGGGGUCCUGAUUGUUCUCUACAGCCUCUGCAAGUCAUUCGACAUCUGUGGUCGUGUGGGCGGAGUUAGGAAAGCCCUGAAGCUUCUCUGCACCUCUCAGAAUUACGGCGUCCGGGCCACUGGGCAACAGUGCACGGAAGCCGGCGAUAUCUGUGCCAUCUGCCAGGCUGAGUUCCGGGAGCCUCUGAUCCUCAUGUGCCAGCACGUGUUCUGCGAAGAGUGCCUCUGCCUCUGGCUGGACCGGGAGCGCACCUGCCCGCUCUGCCGCUCAGUUGCCGUGGAUACCCUGCGCUGCUGGAAGGACGGGGCCACUUCGGCACACUUCCAGGUGUAUUAG